GUUUUCAUCUGGUGCGAGUAUUCGUAUUCUCGACAUCGAGUUCACUUAAAGUUCGGAUCACCUCGACUCUCGGACAGUUCCAGUUUUACGUUUAACGCGAUCACAACUGGACAUGAAGCUCUACGCCCUGCUCUCCCUGCUCGUGGGCUGCCUGGCCAUUGGCCAGAUCAGCGCUGCCGCCGGCUCCCAUCAUCUGCUCUGCUACUACGACGGCUCCAGCUUUGUCCGCGAGGGUCUCUCGAAGCUAACCCUCAACGAUCUGGAGCCUGCUCUGCAGUACUGCAGCCAUUUGAUCUACGGAUAUGCGGGCAUCAAUCCCAGCAGCAACAAGCUGGUGAGCACCAACGAGAAGCUCGACCUGGAUCUGGGCAGCAGCCUGUUCCGGCAGGUGACCAGCCUGAAGCGGAAGUACCCCGCCCUCAAGGUGCUGCUGAGUGUGGGCGGCGACAAGGACAUUGUCGAUCCGGAGAACAACAAGUAUUUGACCCUGCUGGAGAGCAGCAAUGCCCGCAUUCCGUUCAUCAACAGCGCCCACUCGCUGGUGAAGACCUACGGCUUCGAUGGCCUCGAUCUCGCCUGGCAGUUCCCCAAGAACAAGCCCAAGAAGGUGCACGGCAGCAUUGGCAAGUUCUGGAAGGGAUUCAAGAAGAUCUUCAGCGGCGACCACAUCGUCGACGAGAAGUCCGAGGAGCACAAGGAGGAGUUCACCGCCCUGGUGCGUGAGCUGAAGAACGCCUUCCGGCCCGAUGGCUAUCUCCUGGGCCUCAGUGUCCUGCCCAAUGUCAACUCAUCGCUUUUCUUCGAUGUUCCCGCCGUGAUCAACAAUUUGGACUACGUGAACCUGCACGCCUACGACUUCCAGACCCCCGAGCGCAACAAGGAGGUGGCCGACUUCCCCGCCCCCAUCUACGAGGCGAACGAGCGCAAUCCCGAGCUGAAUGUCAACUACCAGGUCAAGUACUGGGUGAACAACCGCGCCCCGGCCUCCAAGAUCAACGUCGUCAUCGCCGCCUACGGCCGUGCCUGGAAGCUGACCAAGGACUCCGGCCUGACCGGCCUGCCCCCAGUGGUCGAGACCGAUGGCGUUGCACCGGCCGGACUCCAGACCCAGGUCGAUGGACUCCUCAGCUGGCCGGAGGUGUGCGCCAAGCUGCCCAAUCCGGCCAAUCAGCAUCUGAAGGGCGCCGAUGGGCCGCUGCGCAAGGUGGGCGAUCCGACCAAGCGCUUCGGCAGCUAUGCCUACCGCUCGGCCGACGAUGCCGGCGAGAACGGCGUGUGGGUGGGCUACGAGGAUCCGGACACGGCCGGCAUCAAGGCCGAGUACGUGAAGCGCGAGGGACUCGGCGGCGUGGCCCUCCUCGAUCUGAGCUUCGAUGAUUUCCGCGGCGGCUGCACCGGCCACGACAAGUUCCCCAUUCUGCGCACCAUCAAGAGCAAGUUGUAGGCCACGAAUCUGAAUCAUUGUCGAUACCUAAUACAUGCUACAUGCUACAUGCUACAUUCUACAUACUACAUGUAUCUAUAAUCUGUAAUCUGUUUUUUUUUUAAUGUUUUUCCUGUAAUCAUCUUCGUUUGCUGUAAUUGAGUAAAACUAAACUGUGUAGUCGUUGAAAGCCACAAA